UUUCUGACAGAAAGAAGAGAGCGCUGCAGAAGAAGGAUGUGGAUGUCCGCAGGAGAAUUGAACUUAUUCAGGAUUUUGAAAUGCCCACAGUGUGUACCACUAUUAAGGUGUCAAAAGAUGGCCAGUAUAUUCUAGCAACUGGGACAUAUAAACCCCGUGUUCGUUGUUAUGACACCUAUCAAUUAUCCUUGAAGUUUGAGAGAUGUUUAGAUUCAGAAGUUGUCACCUUUGAAAUUUUGUCUGAUGACUAUUCAAAGAUUGUCUUCUUACAUAAUGACAGAUACAUUGAAUUUCAUUCACAAUCAGGAUUUUACUAUAAAACCAGAAUACCAAAGUUUGGAAGAGAUUUCUCUUAUCACUAUCCAUCCUGUGACCUGUACUUCGUUGGCGCAAGCUCUGAAGUUUAUAGAUUAAACUUAGAACAAGGACGGUACCUGAAUCCUCUACAAACUGAUGCUGCAGAGAAUAAUGUUUGUGACAUAAAUUCAGCGCAUGGCUUAUUUGCCACUGGAACAAUAGAGGGCCGAGUGGAAUGCUGGGACCCGCGAAUGCGCAACAGAGUUGGUGUGUUAGAUUGCGCCCUGAGUAGUGUCACAGCAGAUUCAGAGAUAAGCAGCUUGCCGACCAUCUCCGCUUUGAAAUUUAAUGGCGCUUUGACUAUGGCUGUUGGGACGUCCACGGGGCAGGUUUUACUUUAUGAUCUUCGGUCUGAUAAGCCAUUGCUGGUUAAGGAUCACCAAUAUGGGCUGCCCAUUAAGUCAAUUCAUUUCCAGGACUCACUAGAUUUGAUUUUGUCUGCAGACUCCCGAAUUAUCAAAAUGUGGAAUAAGAACUCAGGGAAAAUAUUUACUUCUUUGGAGCCAGAGCAUGACCUUAAUGAUGUAUGCCUCUAUCCCAACUCAGGAAUGCUUCUUACUGCCAAUGAAACUCCCAAGAUGGGCAUCUAUUACAUUCCGGUCUUGGGUCCCGCUCCAAGGUGGUGCUCCUUUUUGGAUAACUUGACAGAGGAAUUGGAAGAGAAUCCAGAGAGCACAGUUUAUGAUGAUUACAAAUUUGUCACCAAGAAAGACCUUGAAAACUUAGGGCUCACACAUCUCAUCGGAUCGCCUUUUCUCCGGGCAUACAUGCAUGGGUUUUUCAUGGAUAUAAGACUCUACCACAAGGUGAAAUUGAUGGUAAAUCCAUUUGCUUAUGAAGAGUACAGGAAAGAUAAAAUUCGACAGAAGAUAGAAGAAACACGUGCACAGAGAGUCCAGCUCAAGAAAUUGCCAAAAGUGAACAAAGAGCUGGCCCUUAAGUUAAUUGAAGAAGAAGAAGAGAAGCAGAAAUCUACAUUUAAAAAGAAAGUGAAGAGCCUUCCUAAUAUUCUCACUGAUGAUCGAUUUAAAGUUAUGUUUGAGAACCCUGACUUCCAAGUCGAUGAAGAAAGUGAAGAAUUUAGGCUUUUGAACCCACUUGUUUCAAAAAUAAGUGAGAAAAGGAAGAAGAAACUAAGACUUUUAGAGCAACAAGAACUUCGUGAAAAAGAAGAAGAGGAAGAACUGGAAGGAAAACCAAGUGAUGCAGAAAGCUCAGAAAGUUCCGAUGAUGAAAAGGGCUGGGUGGAAGAGGUCAGGAAGCAGCGUCGACUUCUGCAGCAGGAGGAGAGAGAGAAGCGGCGGGAGCAGCUGAAGGAGGACCAGCAGACGGUGCUGAGGCCUCAGUUCUAUGAGAUCAAAGCAGGAGAAGAGUUCAGAAGCUUCAAAGAUUCUGCCACAAAGCAGAAACUGAUGAAUAAAACCCUGGAAGAUCGUUUGAAACUCGAAGCAAAAAAUGGAACAUUGAGUGUAUCUGACACCACUGUUGGCAGCAAGCAAUUGACAUUCACAUUAAAGAGGUCGGAACAGCAAAAGAAGCAGCAGGAGGCUGAGAAACUGCACCGACAAGAGAGGAAGAAGCUUCGCCGGUCAGCUGGUCACCUGAGGUCCAGACCCAGAAGAGGCCGGUCCUUUCAUUGAGCGUGGAAGGGACUCUGUUUGGGGCCAGGAAGCACCACUGAGCCCAGCUGUGGGUCAGAGGGAAGCCCAGACAAGGAUACCAGCUGGCCCCCCACAGCGCUUCUUUUCUAUGUUGUUGCCCCCUUACAAAUACUGUCCUUCCUGGUUUAACUGAGUAGACCAGAUCCUCCUUGAGCAUUGCAGAAGGUGACCCUGAAACGAAAGGUUUGCCCUGUGCCGAAAGCGAAGAUUGUCAUGUCUUAGGAGCUUCUUGCCUUGUAACGGCCACUGCGCUCACUGGCGGACCUCUGCAGUCUCCUCCUGGUUUGCUGGCAGCGCAUCCUGGCCCUGCUCGCAUUUUUAAGUUUGUGUGGACAGGUUUGUUUGCCUGCCUCUGUGUUUGGGAUAUUUUCAAAACUAUUUUUAUACUAACAGGACAAAUAAUGGUAAUAGUAACAAGUGGGAGCUACUGGCUAUUUUAAUGUGACACAAGGUUAUUUUUCUGAUUAAGUACAAUUGGGGAUUAACUUGAUGGGAGGAGCGUAUAACAAUAAAUGCUUUCAUUUGGGUGGCUUCUUUAAGAAAGAUCCUUGCCUUAGUUAAUUUUUGAGAUUAACAUUGGAAUUCAUGGUUUGGAAGGUAUCUUUUUUAUUUUUUUUUAAUUUGCUGGUCUGGGACUUGAACUCAG